AUGUGGGGUUUCAAACAUGGCAAGACACUAAGCACAUGUGUCAUAAGGUUUUAUUCUACUAGUAAUGGGAACCCUUUGAAAGUGCUUUUCUUUGGUUCAGAUCAAUAUUCGUCUCAUUUACUUAGUGCAUUGCACUCACUUUUGCGAACCAAGGACAUUGAUUCGCUACAAGUUGUCACCAGAUCGCCAAAAUCAUGUGGCAGAUACUUAUCUGAAGUGCGGGAGGUUCCGAUUAUGUCGGUAAAUGAUUCUUUGGGGUUACCACCGGUGAUUAAAUGUGAUACAAGGUCUGAUUUGUUGGGAUUAAUCGACAAUCCUUCGGUUGAGUUUAAUGUACUGAUAGCCGUAAGCUUUGGUAAGUUAAUACCCAAACAGCUAAUUGAAAAGGUCGACGGAAAAGCUUUCAAUAUCCACCCAUCUUUGUUACCGCGUUACCGAGGCUCCUCCCCGAUCCAGUAUACACUUUUGAACAGAGAUGAGUUUACAGGUGUGACGAUUCAGAGUUUACAUCCAACGAAAUUCGACCAUGGAGAAAUCAUCAAACAGACGGCUCCGUUGUCAGUGCAAGAAAUUUUGAAGCUUGGCACCGUCGGUAAAUUUGACGAGGAUGUCCCCGAGAAGGUUGCAACACUUAUGGAUCAAUUGGGAUUGAAAAGUGGUGAAUUGUUGCAACAGAUGAUAAGGGAAAGGGAUUUCAAACCAAAACCGAACCCAAACUAUGAACCUUCACUUGCUCCCAAAAUAACUACUGAAAUGAAACAAAUAAAUUGGAAAAACGAAAGGAAGUUACGGUUAUUGGCCAAGAAUGAUGCCUUAGGGUCGUUGUACUGCUAUAAAUUAUCAUUACCAAAGAGGAAGAAAGAAGUUAUGAAGAAACGUAUUAUAUUCCCCGAAUUAUUUGAUUUGAAUGAAACCAUAUCAAUGAAACCUGGAGAAUUUAAAUUAAGUGAGGACGAGAAGACUAUGAUCAUCCAAUGUAUUGAUGGUCAAAUUGGUACCAAUGUUUUGCAAUUCGAAGGGUUUGCACUGGAACCAGUCCCAACUUUUGUAAAUAGGCUUAAUAAAAGAUGUGGUAAGAUGAACUCCAAUGAAUUCUUAUAA